AUGACUGACGUUCUGGACCUGUGGUUUGAUCCGUCCCGUUGCCUGAUAAACGGCAACUGGGUUGCUCCGGCGGGCGGUCGGCACCUGCCGCUGCACAACCCCUCGACCGGCGAAAGGAUAGGUUCGAUUGCAAGGGGAGCGGCUGAAGAUGUCGAUGCGGCGGUCGCAGCCGCACACGUCGCCUGGCAGGGUACAUGGGGCAAAACGACUGCGGUUGAGCGCGGGCGUCUUCUCUUCAAGCUGCGCGAACUGGUCCUGGAAAAGGUGGAGGAUCUGGCGCGCAUCGAGGCCAUUGAUGUGGGCAAGCCGCUGAAGCAGGCCCGGGCGGAUGCGAUCGCCCUUGCACGAUAUCUCGAAUUUUACGGCGGUGCUGCUGACAAACUUCAUGGGGACACCAUUCCCUAUCUGGACGGCUACACGGUCUACACAUUGCGAGAACCGCACGGCGUCACGGGACAUAUCGUACCCUGGAACUAUCCGAUGCAGAUCAUCGGCCGUUCGGUCGGAGCUGCGCUUGCAACCGGCAAUGCAUGCGUUCUGAAACCUGCCGAAGAUGCCUGCCUGACGGCGCUUGCCUUUGCGGACCUGGCCGUGAAAGCCGGGCUGCCUGCAGGUGCCCUGAACGUCGUUCCGGGUCUUGGCGCCGAGGCAGGCGCGGCGCUUUCGGCCCACCCUGGGGUGCAUCAUGUCAGCUUCACCGGUUCGGUGGCCACGGGAGUCCAGGUUCAGACCGCGGCAGCAAGAAACGUCGUUCCCGUUACGCUUGAACUAGGCGGCAAAUCCCCACAGCUCGUAUUCGCGGAUGCGGACCUCGAUGCCGCGCUUCCCUUUCUGGUCAACGCGGGGAUCCAGAACGCCGGUCAAACCUGUUCGGCCUCAUCCCGGAUACUCGUUCAUCGGUCGAUUCAGGAUCGGCUUGUUCAGCGCAUGGCUGAAAGGUAUACGGCGCUCAAGGUCGGUCCGGCGCUUGCCGACCUCGAUGUCGGUCCCCUGAUCUCGGCCAGGCAGCAGGGGAUUGUCUCAAGCUUUCUGGAUCGGGGCGAUGAUCUUGAGAAGGUGGCCGAAGGGUCUUUCCAGGAUGCCCCGGAAGGCGGGAGCUACGUCAGGCCGACACUGUUUGCAGGUGUCUCGCCCUCCCACACCCUGGCGCGUGACGAGAUCUUCGGUCCGGUGCAGGUCGUCAUUCCGUUCGAUGAUGAGGAUGAAGCCGUCGCGAUAGCCAAUGGCACAGAUUACGGGCUUGUUGCCAGUAUCUGGUCGCGAGACGGCGCACGGCAGUUGAGACUGGCCAGGAAAAUCCGCUCCGGGCAGAUUUUUAUCAACAACUACGGUGCGGGCGGCGGUGUCGAAUUGCCUUUCGGCGGCAUCGGCACGUCCGGCCAUGGGAGGGAGAAGGGCUUCGAAGCGCUUUAUGGCUUCACGACACUGAAGACCGUCGCGGCCUAUCACGGGUGA